CGGCUCAACCCGAUCAUAGUUUACGAAAACAUCUAUUAGCAAUUUUUAUUUCAGUGGUUCGAAUACAGAAGGACGAUAAAUAACUGUUUUACUCUGGCAAACUACUAGAUUUUUCUUCUUUGUUUUACUAGUAUAGUUGGUAUCUCCCUUUUUCUUUCAAGAAUAAGACAUGCAUAAGUAUACAGAAAAUGUAGAAGCAUGAGUCAUAAAAUUUGUAUAAAGUGUAAAAAGUGCAGUCACUGGGUAAAUUGAUGGAUUUGUGACGGUUAACAUAAAUAUUCUCUAGUGUAUUCACUUUUUUAUUAAUUUUCCAAGUUUAGUUUCAAAGUGUAUUGUUAGAAAUGGUUGAUAAAUUAGUUAACAGUGAGGCGAAUGCUCGAAGAAUUAAUAUGGUUGAGAGCUGUUUUGGCAGCUCAGGGCAGCCAUUGGGUGUUCCUGGAAGAGUCUUAGUUGGUGAAGGUUCACUAACAAAGAUAUGUAGAAAGAAACCGAAAACUAGACAGUUUUUCUUAUUCAACGAUAUUUUAAUUUAUGGAAAUAUUGUGAUUAAUAAAAAAAAAUACAAUAAACAACAUAUCAUUCCUUUAGAAGAAGUUAAAUUAGAGAGUUUAGACGAUGAUUCCCAGUACAAAAAUGGUUGGCUGAUAAGAACAGCCUCAAAAUCAUUUGCUGUCUAUGCUGCUACUCCUGCAGAAAAACGAGAUUGGAUGGCCCACAUUAAUAAAUGUAUUGAAGAUUUACUCAGAAAAAGUGGCAAAAAAGCUGUCUCGGAACAUGCUGCUGUGUGGGUUCCUGAUGGAGAAGCUCCUGUAUGCAUGCAUUGUAGGAAGACUCAAUUUACAUUGAUAAAUAGAAGAGUAAGAAAAAAUUCCUCUUUUAUUUCUUCACAUACAAUUACUUUUUAUAAUUUUCAGCAUCAUUGUCGUAAAUGUGGAGCUGUGGUAUGUGGACCUUGUUCAAAUAAACGUUACAUGCUGCCUAGUCAAAGUUCUAAGCCCCUUAGAGUGUGUCUACAUUGCUUUGAUCUUCUAACAACAAAACUAAACAACUCCCAUGAAACAUCAAUGAAAGGUAUGUUAAAUAAUAUAUUUAUUUCCUUGCUAAAAUGGAAUUUGUAUCAUAUAGAGGUGGUAUUACAGCUUAGAAUUAUCUUUGCUCACAGUUACUGUAUAGAAUUGAUCUUAAGAUUACCAAAUAGGCGCAACAUAAUUUGAAUGUAUUGUUUUCUACAUUUUACUUCACAUGAACCCUUCCAAAAUAUAUGUAAAUCCACUAAUCAGAUCUCUAACUACGUGGCUUUUCUGAUCUAAAAAUAUUAAAGAUGGAUGAAAACAAAGUUAUAUGACAAUACUUUAUAAUGUAAUUUUGAAUGUAUUAUUUCGUUUAAGAAAGAGAGUAUAUGAAAUUUCUGCAUAAUUGAUUUGAAAUUGAUUAAAAUAUUCAGGAUUCCUAUAGUUAUUUGUUUAAGGUUACAGUGUUAGAUGUGUUUGUUUUUGAAAUAACCUCAAUAAAAGUUUCUUAGUGACUGGCGAUUACCUCGUCUAAAUGAGCUCUUUCUGAGUAAUUUGAUGUAUUGUUUAGAAUAUAUAUACUUUUUUUAUUUCAAUUUCAUUUUAAUUAUUUAUUAUAAUACUGAGUUAGUUCAGUGGGGUCUUUUUUUUUAAAUAGACAACCAAAGCUUUUUUUCAUGUCAAUCUUUUAUAAUUUAUCCAUAUAUAAUGCAAUUAAUUUACUAUUCUAAACUAUAUUGAACUUACUCAAAUUCUAUACCCCUUGUCCAUUUACUUUACAAUCAGUUCUAACCACAACAUCCUGUGCAACUUCAAUUGCCUUCCUGCUACUUAUCAACUAUAAUACUAUAUUCACUAUUUUCAUAAUCUUGAUAUUUUUUCUUCAAAUUUUCUUUACUAAUCUAAUUUACUAUACAUUCUCAUUAUCAAUAAAUAACAUAUUGUUUUAUAUUCCUGAAACUUUCAUAAAGUUUGUCAAUUAUAAUAAGAAGAGCAUUACCUCAUUUUUAAUAAGUAUUACAGCAUAUACAAAGAAAGAGAAGAAUUUAAAUAGAUGUAAGUGAGUAUUGCCAUUUUCAGGUUAAAAGCUUUCAGGGCAGCUUAUUUUUUGCAAAUCACAGGAAAUAAAAAAAAAU